GUUACCCAGCCCCGCCCACAUCCCGAGACCGAUGCCCUCUAGUGGCUCCGUAUCUCGAAGCCGCCCAAGAGGACGACCCAUGGCAAGCCGGGGCAUGGAGGGGUUGCGCCGCGGGACUCCGAGAAGGAUCGGCGCGCGCGAAGCCCAAGGCGAAGGGGCCACGGCGGCUCCCCCGGCGACUGGCGCUCCCUGGGCCCUGGCGUCCUUCUCCGCGUCGUCCCCGGCGGGCCCUGGCUCGGCAGACAUGGCGGCGGUGCUGCAGCAAGUGCUGGAGCGCGCGGAGCUGAACAAACUGCCCAAGUCGGUGCAGAACAAACUGGAGAAGUUCCUCGCCGACCAGCAGUCGGAGAUCGACGGCCUGAAGGGUCGGCACGAGAAGUUCAAGGUGGAGAGCGAGCAACAGUACUUCGAGAUAGAGAAGCGACUGUCACACAGUCAGGAGAGACUGGUCGCCGAGACUCGGGAGUGCCAGAGCUUGCGGCAGGAGCUGGAAAAACUCAGUACUCAGCUAAAAUCAGUAACUGAGAAAAACAAAGAACUCGAAAUCACUCAGGAUCGCAACAGCACCAUUCAGAGCCAGUUUACAAGGACAAAGGAAGAAUUAGAAGCAGAGAAGAGAGACUUGGUCAGAACCAAUGAGAGACUCUCUCAAGAGCUUGAAUAUUUAACAGAGGAUGUGAAACGCUUAAAUGAAAAGCUUAAAGAAAGCAACACAACAAGGGGUGAUCUUCAGUUAAAAUUGGACGAGCUUCAAGCUUCUGAUGUUUCUGUUAAAUAUCGGGAAAAACGCUUGGAGCAAGAAAAGGAAUUGUUGCAUAAUCAGAAUACAUGGCUGAACACAGAGCUGAAAACAAAAACCGAUGAACUUCUGGCUCUUGGCAGAGAAAAAGGAAAUGAGAUUCUAGAGCUUAAGUGUAACCUCGAAAACAAAAAAGAAGAGGUUACCAGGCUGGAAGAACAGAUGAAUGGGUUGAAAACAUCAAAUGAGAACCUUCAAAAGCAUGUGGAGGAUCUUUUGAGCAAACUGAAAGAGGCUAAGGAGCAGCAGGCCAGUAUGGAAGAGAAAUUCCAUACUGAGUUGAACGCUCACAUAAAGCUCUCAAACCUCUACAAGAGCGCAGCGGAUGACUCAGAGGCCAAGAGCACGGAGCUGAGUCGUGCUGUGGACGAGCUACACAAGCUCCUGAAAGAAGCUGCAGAAGCUAAUAAAACAGUACAAGAUCAUCUUCUGGAGGUGGAAGAAUCCAAAGAUCAGAUGGAGAAAGAAAUGCUUGAGAAGAUUGGGAAACUGGAAAAGGAAUUGGAGAAUGCCAAUGACUUGCUUUCUGCCACAAAGCGUAAAGGCGCCGUACUGUCUGAAGAAGAGCUGGCGGCGAUGUCCCCCACUGCAGCCGCUGUGGCUAAGAUCGUGAAGCCUGGUAUGAAGCUGACUGAGCUGUAUAAUGCAUAUGUGGAAACGCAGGAUCAACUGCUUUUGGAGAAACUAGAGAACAAAAGGAUUAAUAAGUAUCUGGAUGAAAUUGUAAAAGAAGUGGAGGCCAAAGCUCCAAUUUUAAAACGCCAGCGGGAGGAGUACGAGCGGGCGCAAAAGGCUGUGGCCAGUUUGUCUGUGAAGCUUGAGCAAGCCAUGAAGGAGAUUCAGCGACUGCAGGAGGACACUGACAAAGCCAACAAGCAUUCCUCCGUGCUAGAGAGAGACAAUCAGAGGAUGGAGAUACAGAUCAAAGAUCUGGCCCAGCAGAUCCGUGUACUUCUGAUGGAGCUGGAAGAAGCCCGGGGUAACCACGUGGUCCGCGAUGAAGAGGUUAGCUCUGCCGACAUCAGCAGCUCGUCAGAGGUCAUCUCACAGCACCUUGUGUCUUACCGGAACAUUGAGGAGCUGCAGCAGCAGAACCAGCGCCUCUUGGUGGCCCUGCGGGAGCUUGGGGAGACCCGAGAGCGAGAAGAGCAAGAGACAACGUCAUCCAAGGUCUCGGAGUUGCAGGCACAGCUAGAGGGCGCCCUUGCUGAGCUGGAGCAGCUGAGGGAAUCUCGUCAGCACCAGAGGCAGCUGGUGGACUCCAUAGCACGCCAGCGUGAUAUGUACCGAAUUCUUUUGUCCCAAACCACUGGCAUGGCCAUCCCUCUGCAAGCUUCCACCUUAGAAGAGAUUUCUCUUGUGUCAACACCCAAGCGUCCCAGUGCGUCCCAAGCUGUGUCCACACCUGCACCGGUGCCUGCCUCGGAAGCAGCUGAGGCUAUCGAAGCCAAGGCUGCUCUGAAACAGCUGCAGGAAAUAUUUGAGAACUACAAGAAAGAAAAGACUGAUAAUGAGAAACUCCAGAACGAGCAGCUUGAGAAACUCCAGGAGCAGGUUACAGAUUUGCGCUCACAGAACAUGAAAAUCUCCACGCAGCUGGACUUUGCUUCUAAACGCUAUGAAAUGCUGCAAGACAAUGUUGAAGGCUACCGCCGAGAAAUAACAUCCCUCCAUGAGAGAAAUCAAAAGCUCACGGCCACAACGCAGAAGCAGGAGCAGAUAAUCAAUACUAUGACGCAGGACUUGAGGGGGGCCAAUGAGAAACUGGCUGUGGCCGAAGUGAGAGCAGAAAAUUUGAAAAAGGAAAAGGAAAUGUUGAAAUUGUCAGAAGUCCGGCUUUCUCAGCAAAGAGAGUCUUUGUUAGCGGAACAGAGAGGACAGAAUUUGUUGCUGACCAAUCUACAAACCAUUCAGGGGAUACUCGAGUGCUCGGAGACAGAAACUAAACAGAGGCUCAGCAACCAGAUCGAGAAGCUGGAGCAGGAGAUUAUGCACCUGAAGAAAAAGCUGGAGGCGGCAGUGGAGCAAAGGCACACGGUCACCAGGAACCUAGAUGUUCAGCUUCUAGAUACAAAGAGGCAGCUGGACACUGAGAUGAGUCUUCAUCUUAAUACAAAAGAAUUACUGAAAAACGCACAGAAGGAAAUUACUACCCUGAAGCAGCACCUGAGUAACAUGGAAGUCCAGCUCAUGUCUCAGUCCUCACAGAGAGUCGGCAAAGGUCAAGCUACCAGCAAAGAAGAUGUGGAUGAUCUUCUGAGUCAGCUAAGGCAGGCAGAGGAGCAGGUGAAUGAUUUGAAGGAGAGACUCAAAACAAGCUCCAGUAAUGUUGAACAGUACCGAGCAAUGGUGACCAGUUUGGAGGAGUCUCUGAAUAAGGAGAAACAGGUGACAGAGACAGUGCAGAAGAAUAUUGAAGUUCGACUUAAGGAAUCUGCUGAGUUUCAGACACAGUUGGAGAAGAAGUUGAUGGAGGUCGAAAAGGAAAAACAAGAACUUCAGGAUGACAAGAGGAAAGCCAUAGAGAGCAUGGAACAGCAGUUAUCUGAGUUAAAGAAAACGCUGACUACUGUGCAGACGGAGGUGCAAGAAGCCCUCCAGAGAGCAAGCACGGCCCUGAGUAAUGAGCAGCAAGCCCGGCGUGACUGUCGGGAGCAAGCCAAGAUAGCCGUGGAAGCUCAGAACAAGUAUGAGCGGGAGCUGAUGUUGCAUGCAGCAGACGUGGAGGCUCUGCAGGCCGCCAAAGAGCAGGUCUCCAGGAUGGCCGCCUUAAGGCAGCACCUGGAGGAGACGGCCCAGAAGGCAGAGACACAACUCCUAGAGGGUAAAGCUUCGUGGGAGGAGAGAGAGCGGAUGCUGAAGGACGAGGUUUCCAAAUGCGUGUCUCGAUGCGAAGAUCUAGAGAAACAAAACCGAUUACUUCACGAUCAGAUUGAGAAAUUGAGUGACAAGGUGGUCACCUCGAUGAAAGAAGGUGCCCAGGGUCCAUUGAAUGUAUCACUCACCGAGGAAGGAAAAUCCCAGGAGCAGAUUUUAGAAAUUCUCAGAUUCAUACGUCGAGAAAAAGAAAUUGCUGAAACUCGGUUUGAAGUGGCUCAGGUCGAGAGUCUGCGUUAUCGGCAAAGGGUUGAACUUCUUGAGCGAGAGUUGCAAGAACUUCAGGAUAGUCUGAACGCCGAGAGGGAGAAAGUUCAGGUAACUGCAAAAACAAUGGCCCAGCAUGAGGAAUUGAUGAAGAAGACAGAGACCAUGAAUGUGGUGAUGGAGACCAACAAGAUGCUCAGAGAAGAAAAGUUGCGGCUAGAACAGGACCUCCAGCAGAUGCAGGCUAAGGUGAGGAAACUGGAGUUAGAUAUUUUGCCCUUACAAGAAGCAAACGCUGAGCUGAGUGAGAAAAGUGGUAUGCUACAAGCCGAAAAGAAGUUACUAGAAGAAGAUGUCAAGCGUUGGAAAGCUCGUAACCAGCAUCUAGUGAGUCAGCAGAAAGACCCUGAUACAGAGGAGUAUCGGAAGCUCCUUUCUGAAAAAGAAGUUCAUACAAAGCGUAUUCAGCAGUUGACAGAAGAAAUCGGGAGACUUAAAGCUGAAAUCGCAAGAUCAAAUGCAUCUUUGACUAAUAACCAGAACUUAAUCCAAAGUUUAAAGGAAGAUUUAAAUAAAGUUAAAACGGAAAAAGAAGCAAUCCAGAAAGAUUUAGAUGCCAAAAUAAUUGAUAUUCAAGAAAAAGUCAAGACUAUUACACAAGUCAAAAAAAUCGGACGUAGGUAUAAGACGCAAUAUGAAGAACUGAAAGCUCAGCAAGAUAAGGUCUUGGAGUCAUCAGCUCAGUCUUCCGGAGACCACCAAGAGCAUCAUAUCUCAGUCCAGGAGAUGCAGGAGCUCAAGGACACAUUGAGCCAGGCCGAGGCGAAGUCCAAGUCACUUGAGAGUCAAGUGGAGAAUCUGCAGAAGACAUUGUCUGAGAAAGAGACAGAGCUGAAGACUAUGCAGGAUCAGACAGUACAGCUGCAGGUUGACCUAGCCCGGCUCCGCCAGGACCUGCAGGACAGAAGCGCUCAGGAGGAUCAGCUCCGGCAGCAGAUUGCUGAGAAGGACGAGAAGACCAGGAAAGCCAUCGUAGCCGCCAAGUCCAAGAUUGCUCACUUGGCUGGUGUGAAAGACCAGUUGACGAAAGAAAAUGAGGAGCUGAAGCAGAGGAAUGGUGCUUUAGACCAGCAGAAAGAUGAGCUGGAUGUGCGCAUGACAGCCCUCAAGUCCCAGUACGAGGGCCGCAUCAGCCGCCUGGAAAGAGAGCUCAGGGAACACCAGGAGCGGCACCUGGAGCAGAGGGACGAGUCGCAGGAGCCGAAUAAGCAGGCCCCAGAACAGCAGCGACAGAUCACCCUGAAAACCACUCCUGCUUCAGGGGAGCGAGGAACUGCCAGCACUUCAGACCCGCCAACAGCCAAUAUCAAGCCAACACCCGUUGUGUCAACUCCGAGUAAAGUGACUGCUGCUGCCAUGGCUGGAAACAAGUCCACCCCAAGGGCAAGCAUCCGGCCCAUGGUCACCCCUGCGACCGUCACCAACCCUACCACCACCCCGACAGCCACCGUCAUGCCCACUACGCAAGUGGAGUCCCAGGAAGCUUUGCAGUCUGAGGGGCCUGUGGAGCACGUCCCGAUGUUUGGUAGCACUAGCGGGUCAGUGCGUUCCACCAGCCCCAGUGUCCAGCCUUCGCUCGCUCAGCCCAUCCUCACAGCUCCACAGCAGACCCAGACACAGGCCACUGCUUUCGUGCAGCCUACGCAGCAGAGUCACCCUCCAGUGGAGCUUGCAGGCCAGGAGCUAUCUCCAGGGCUCGGAGAUGGUGUUCAGAGCACCACAUCAGAGCGGCCCCCCACCUCUACAACCCUGGUUGGCACAGUUUCAGGUACCCCAAGUUCUUUGCCUAAACGGACACGUGAGGAGGAAGAAGACAGCACCAUGGAAGCAUCCGACCAAGUCUCUGAUGAAGCAGUGGACUUGCCGCUUGCAAAGAGGUUAAAGACUGUCACCCCCGUGGGGACUGAGGAGGAGACACUGGCCGAAGAAAGUACUGAUGGUGAGGUGGAGACUCAAGGAUACAAUCAAGAUUCUCAGGAUUCCAUUGGCGAAGGUGUCACGCAAGGGGACUACACCCCCAUGGAAGACAGUGAAGAGACCUCCCAGUCUCUCCACAUUGACCUUGGCUCACUGCGGUCUGAUCAGCAGACAUCUGCUUCCUCCCAAGAGGGCCAGGGCAAAGGGGAUGAUGUCAUCGUGAUUGACAGCGACGAUGAAGAGGAGGAGGACGAUGAGAAUGAUGGAGACCAUGAGGACUAUGAAGAGGAUGAAGAAGAGGAGGAUGAUGACGAAGAUGACACAGGAAUGGGAGAUGAGGGGGAUGAUAGUAAUGAGGGCACAGGCAGCGCAGAUGGCAACGAUGGCUACGAGGCCGAUGAUGCUGAGGGCGGUGUUGGGACGGACCCCGGCACAGAAACGGAAGAGAGCCUGGGUGGAGGGGACGGCAGUCAGAGAGCUGCAGAUUCCCAGAAUAGUGGUGAUGGGAAUUCGGCCUCAGGAGACGCCUCUUUUCCCCAAGAAAUCUCGAGAGACCAGCAGCCAUCCUCUGCUUCUGAGCGGCAGAUGCCUCGAGCACCCCAGUCACCCCGGCGCCCCCCCCACCCACUUCCCCCGAGACUCACUAUCCAUGCCCCCCCACAGGAGUUGGGGCCACCUGUGCAGAGAAUCCAGAUGACUCGCAGGCAGUCUGUCGGCCGUGGCCUACAGCUGACUCCAGGGAUCGGUGGCAUGCAGCAGCAUUUUUUUGAUGAUGAAGACAGAACUGUUCCCAGUACUCCAACUCUGGUGGUGCCACAUCGAACUGAUGGCUUCGCUGAAGCGAUUCAUUCCCCACAAGUUGCCGGUGUUCCCCGAUUCCGCUUUGGGCCUCCUGAAGAUAUGCCACAGACCAGUUCCAGCCACUCAGAUCUGGGCCAGCUUGCUUCCCAAGGAGGUUUGGGGAUGUACGAGACGCCCCUGUUCCUUGCUCAUGAAGAAGAGUCGGGUGGCCGGAGUGUCCCCACCACGCCUCUGCAGGUGGCCGCGCCAGUGAGCGUGUUCACUGAGAGCACUGCCUCGGAUGCCUCAGAGCCCGCCUCCCAGUCGGUGCCCAUGGUGACAACCUCCACUGCCUCUUUGUCUUCCACCAAUGAAAGCACCACAGGGGAUGAUGGAGAUGAAGUCUUUGUGGAGGCGGAAUCCGAAGGCAUCAGCUCGGAGGCAGGCUUGGAGAUGGACAGCCAGCAGGAGGAGGAACCUGUACAAGCGUCUGAUGAGGCUGACCUUCCCUCCACAAGCCAGGACCCCCCUUCCAGCUCUUCCGUUGAUCCCAGCAGUACGCAGCCAAAACCUUUCCGACGAGUGAGGUUGCAGACAGCUCUGAGACCUGGCCUGCGUGGCCGCCAGUUCACCCGACAGAGAGGUGUGAGCCAUGCAAUGGGUGGGCGAGGAGGAAUAAAUAGAGGAAAUAUUAAUUGAGUAUCCUGUAAAGUAUAACUGUGAAUAAAAUGAGAAUGUCAAAUCUGUGUGUGUAAUGACUGCCAAGUUUAAAGACAUUUUUAUAUUUAAGUUGGUUUGCUCAUCUCAACAUUUUUUAUUAAUAAAACAUUUUGGUGUCAAAA